AUGUCAGGUGCUAGAACUCAGAUGGCGGACUCGUCCACAUCUCCGCCCGUAUGUGAAAACCGUCGAAUAGAUUAUUCUGGGCUGAAGUUUACUUACGGCGACGGCUCUGACGACGAGGGUUCCUCGUUGACAUCUGAACUGCCAUCGUGUGUGUACGCCGCAGCGAGAAGUCGCCUGCAACUGCCCUUGGCCGCUUAUGUUCAUCAGCACACAAGACAACUGCAUUCAGAUGCUCUAAUGGAACCGUCCCCGGAGCCCGAGUAUCAAUGCGCGGGGUCACCGUACCGGGUCCAGCGCGCCGCCGCCAACGUCCGUGAGAGACGCCGCAUGCUGAGGUCCGGACCCAAUGGCAGUAUAAACUCGGCGUUCGACGAAUUGCGUGUCCACGUACCAACAUUUCCUUAUGAGAAGAGACUCAGUAAGAUUGACACCCUUCGACUGGCCAUCGCUUACAUUGCACUGCUGAGAGAGGUGUUGGACGCUGAUUACGAUCCACUUACGUACGUGGAGAAGUGUCUGCGAGGUGAAAUCAAAGCUGAUCGAGCUCAUUGGAACACCAGCGAUUUAACUGCCCGGCUGUCAUGGAUAAACUGGGAGAAUCUGGGGGUGAAUCCUCAGAGACGAAGCGUUCUAACAACUCUUGCUCUCAGCUCGGAUAACCUGCAAUACCCUCACAAUUAACAUAGAAAAAAACUCAAAGCAUUCCAAUAAGGGCUUUUUAAUCGCGCUUAAGAAUAGGUUAUAAUGGAACCUCGACAAAUAUAAACGUUAAUUAGUUAGAUUAUGGUAUCGAGUAGAUUUAGAAAUAUAGGUAUGUAAUAUAAAAAUCAGUACAAAAAUAAACUUAAUGCAAUAACAGUCCGAAGACUGCAUCGCCUUAAUACACUGCCUAUAUGAUGCUGAAAACGUUGUAAGGAAUUGUUAAGGAAAAUUAUUGGAAUGGGUUUUAAAAUAAGAGAAAUCCUCACAAAAGAUCGUGAGUCGUGACCUCGCUGUUUAUGGUACUAAUGGCGAUUAAAUAAUAACUAACAUGCCUGCAACUUUUUUAAGUACAUAUACGAUAUUGAUAGUAGUUUGUAGAGAAGAAAUAGUUAUUAUAAGGCCUUGUCCAGAGGCAGAUUUUGAGCGAAACGUCUUCUGUACUUAUAGCUAAGGUAAGUAAACUAAACGCAUCGUUCGAGGAUCUAAAGAAAUGAAAUUUCAGCGACGUUUUUACAAUUCAAUGAUGAUAAUAAUAUCUAAUUAAAAUUAAAUGUAAAAAAGCUAAAGAGAUUGACAUUAGAUUUGCCAUUUUGGGCAAGGGCUUAGCUAUGUUCUAUUAAUGUAAGCUAAAUAGACGUCUACUAGUGUGCUGCGUGAACAGCGGAUUAUAAUAAUCAAGACCAUCUCUUAUGGGUACGAAUAUGCUCUGCCUAGCACAACCAGACAGGGUUAAACUAACAAGUCUUCCUUCAUUCACACAAUAUAUAUAGAAACUUACAAAAUCAAUUAAACGUGUAAACAUAUAACCUCUAUGCAGCUUCCUUAAAAUUUCGCUCUAGUAAUAUCAAAUAAUCAUACGAUUUCUCAUACUUAAAUCGCUGUAAUUUUAAAUGUACUUAUGAAUUUGAUUAAAACAAUCUAGAAAUUAGAUUCUAUUGAAAACUAAGUUGGUUAAAAGAAGCAAUAAACGAUAAUAAUGGCAUAAACACUAGUUAUAGAAAUGCAUACUUUAGUGACAUUAAUUAAGACAUGACUAAAUGUAUUUUUUUUUUUUUUUUAAAUAUGUAACUUUGUAUUCUGGUCAUAUUUCUAAGCGAAUGGUGCAAUAUAGAUUAAGUGUUUGUUAUGUAAUUAUCAAUUAGAUGACAGUGAAAAUUAUUUAAUUUUUGAUUUCUAGCUAUCUGCUUAC